UCUGGAUUUACAGCAAUCAACCAUGGGCCGGUACAUCGUGAACAGCUCUUGACGCCCGAAUCAUCGGCGGUCACAUCAGUCCGGCCGAACCCAGCCUCAUCAAGGGCGAUCAGCAGCCCGCGACGGCAGCACAAUCCAAAUGUUGCUCGAUACCUCGGCUUGGGCAGCACCAUUGAGCCAGAUCAUCUCAAGCACUAUGCACCACGGCCAGCAAAACCAGACGGUCGACUAGUCAAGUCUGAGCGAAAGCGUGUACGACGGGCGGAUGACAAGAUUAUACAGCGUAGCUCCCGCACAAGAGAGCCUCCAGGCAGACCUGCAGCAUCGACACCUGCACCUACCCUAUACAGCACUCAAUCUUCGCAGGAUACCUAUGACUCAAAUGACAGUAGAUCAAUCAUCGACAACCACACUUUGCCCCAGUCAUACUUUGCUCAACCUGAAGUUUCGCAUGUAACUCCGAUGAGCACUCUUGACUCAGAAACUGUGCGAAUGAAUAGUCAAGACGCGGCGAAAGCACUACAUGCUGGGAAUUCUUGUUUGUCACUGCCUGAUCGAGGGGAAGACGACAUAAUCGGUAUAUAUCCGGAUACUGACGUCAGCAACGUGCUUUGUCGGAACAACGAUGGCAUAACUACCACCAGCGAUGAUUAUGAGUUCGACAUGACAGACGAUGAAUUACUCAUUCUAGCUUCAGGUUUUGAUGGGACAUGUUUCGACAUCCCUCACAACAUCUCAGACUCACCUGCAAAGUCCUAUCCUACGGACAAUGAACAGAGGCACGCUGGUGACAACUGUAAUGAAAAUGCACCUGAAGAAGCGCCUGCUAUCAACACCUCUCAGCACACUCGUAAGAAGUUCGUAUCUCCAGUCACUCUAACUACCCGUCUACUGGCUGUCACCGGCGAUGGGGGAUCUGCAAAUGCUCGGACGCCGAUUGUCAGAUCUCCAUUCCCGAAACCAGCUCGCGACCGCUCGCCUAUCAUAGGCCUUUCGUCAAAUAUAGUACUCAGAACAUGUUUCCGGAUUGGUGAAGCAAUCAAUCAGGCCCAUCAAGCAUCAAAGGCAGGACAACAGAUGCUCAUUGAACUAUAUGCCAGAGUGCUUGCUUCAGAGCGAACUGAGAAACAGCAACACUUUACCUUUUGCGAUCUUUUCCACGCCAAGCCCCCUUAUGUGAAGGGCGCUUAUGAUGCAGUCAUCUGGAAGGCGGUGCCGUUGUUCGAAUAUGACAGCAGACGGCUGAUGCAGCAAGGGCGAAUGUGUCGAUGCAUUGGUACGAUGAAGCGGAAUGGCAAGGAGAGGUUCAUGGUGAUUCACAACAUAUGGGAAGCGACAUGGGAAGACGUUGAGUGGGUGGAGGGUAUCGUGAACUUUUAG